AUGUGUUGUCGUUGGCAUUGCACGGUGUGGAUGCAAGCAAGGGACGUGUUAGUUAGGGCAUGCAUUUCCGGACAGAAGAGCAGCGGCAUGAUAUUGGGGCGACGGCUUUCAACUCAGCUUUGGGCUAGGGCUGUAAGCGUCCUGGCAUGUGGUGUAACUUGUCGAGACACUGGGUCUGUACAACGAUAG